GGUUCCUAGUUCAGUUCUCUUAAUGACCAGGGUUGAAAGCACCACAAAGCUGUUCCUGGAAGAAAGAACUCAUCAAAAAUGGGGGAAAUAUCCACAACAGACAAAAGAUAUGAAUUUUUGGAAAACUACGUGCUGAAGACUUUCAAAUUAAAAGCUGAUCGCUGGCAGAAAUGUAUAUCCACAGAUGAAUAUCAACAGAUUCUACAGUCUUUCUUAGAUAAAAAUGAACACUCACUGCUGGUAGUGUCUUUAACCUCAGCUGGGCAAUUAAUCCCAAGUUUUGAAUUCCCUUCUAGCAGCAAGAAUAAAGCAAUUUUCUUUUCAAAAAAAUCUAAAGAACCUCUGAGUGCAGAUUCACUUAAAACUAAUUUGAUCUUUGGUGAUAUAUCCCCCUCUCUUCUUGAACAGUUUGCAGCCCUGGUAGAAGAGGUAAUUGUGCCAGUAUUGUCAAACAACCGGAACCACCAGAGCUGGCCACAAGUGGUAUCCCAAGAUGUAAUGCGCCAUACUCACAACUUGAAAAGCAACGUCUUUGUUGUUAUUGGUCAAGUUCGAGGUAAAACUCUGCUACCCCUACCUGCUGGUACUGAGAAAGUGGACUAUGAUAUCUACGAGAAUGAGAAAAACAGUGGCGAUGCAGUGGAUAAGGGGAUCGUGCACGCAAUCGAGACAGCCAUCAUAGAAUGGAGUCAUCAGAUACUAGAAGUACUGAAGCGGGAUUCUUCUGACUUACUUCUGCAGGGUCAGCACCCCAACCCUUAUGUGGAACUUGAAUUUUGGAAGAACAGAUGUGCAGACCUGGAAUGUAUUUAUGAUCAGCUACGAGCACUCAAAGUACAGAAGAUGGCGGAGCUUUUGGAACGUGUGCAGAGCAGCUAUUUUCCUGCUUUUAAAGCCAUGUUUGCAGAUGUGAUGGCAGCUCUGACUGAGGCAUGGGAUAUUCAUUUGCACUUGAAACCCCUUCAACGUCCUUUUGAGGACAUAGAAAAUGUGGAGUUUAAUGAAGUGAAGCCACUGAUUGGUCCCCUGUUGCAUGUGGUAUGUCUAAUCUGGGCCAGUUCUAAGCAUUAUAGCACUCCGGCUCGUAUAAUUGUUCUCCUUCAAGAAAUCUGCAAUCUUCUAAUCCAGCAGGCACGGAACUACUUGAAUCCUGAAGAUUUGUUGAAAGGUGAAAUUGAAGAAAGCCGAAAUAAAGUACACGAGGUCCUUGGCAUUCUCAGAUUCUUCAAACAGACCUUUGAAGAAAAAAGAGUCUCUCUGAAGCAGUAUUUCAAAGAUGGAACCCAGAUCAGGGAAUGGAAUUUUACAUCUUUUAUGGUCUUUGCACACUUUGACUCUUUCAUCGAAAGAGUUGAGACAAUUGAGGAUCUCUUGAUGACUUCUUUGGAUAUGCUGAAAUUGGAAAAAAUUGAGUUUAGUGGCAUAAGAGGAAAAGGUCUCAGUCAGCAAGUAUUUGAGAUGUAUGAAGAAUUCCAAGAAGUGUAUAAAGUGUUAUCAGAGCGUACCUAUGACUGUCUGGACACUGCUAAUGCGGAAUUUGAAAAAGAUGUGUUAGACUUCAGGCAAAAAGUGGAAGAUAUGGACAGGAGAUUGGGAACUGUCUUCUGCCUCGCCUUUGAAGAUGCUCUUGACCUGGAACAUGCCUUUAAGUUGCUGGACAUGUUCGGUGGUCUGCUUGAACGACCCUUAAUAGCAGAGGAUGUGUAUGACAAAUAUCCCAUACUUGUUGCAAAAUUUGACAAAGAUAUAGAUGCUUCCAAAUUAAUAUACAACACGCACAUACGCAAAGAGACCGAAUUAGGUUCCCCUGUUGUAAACAAGAAUAUGCCAGCAGUUGCUGGUGGCUUGUGCUGGGCCCAAGAAUUGCGAGAACGCAUCCAAGUACCUUUCAGUAACUUCAGGAAUAUAGUGCAUCCAUGCAUGGAGUCAGUCCAAGGGAAGAGAAUGAUACAGAAAUAUGAGGAAAUGAUAGAAUUACUUGGAAGAUAUGAAGAAAGGCUUUUUACUGAGUGGUCACAGACUGUGUCAGAAAAAUCACAGUAUAAUUUGACUCAACCACUUAUCAAGAGGAAUCCUGAAACAAAGCUGAUCUCGGUGAACUUUGAACCACAGCUGGUGUCAGUGCUAAGAGAAGUUAAGUACCUAGAAUCAAGACAGACAGAUACAAUCCCUGAAACUGCAGGAGAAAUUUUCUCAUCAAAAGAGUCGUACCGGCAAUAUGUGGCUAAUCUUGAACUGACUGCUAACUGGUACAACAAAAUCAUAAGGACAAUACUAGAAGUUGAAUUCCCUCUUAUUCAAGGACAGCUGCAGGAUAUUGAUAUUAAACUGAAAGAAGCUGAAGAGACAUUAAACUGGAAAAAGGAAGCUGUCUGGGAUUACAUUCAAACAUUAAAGGACAAUGUCCAUGAUCUUGAGGGACGAGUUCAGAAAGCUAAAGACAACGUGGAAGAAAUUCAGAACAUCAUGAAGACAUGGGUUUCUCCAAUUUUUGAGAGAAAGGAUGGGAAAAAAGAUACACUGCUUAACCUAGAUGACAGAAGUGAACGCCUUGAGAAACGAUACAAUCUUCUGAAGGAGUCAGGGGAAAAAAUUCACACUUUGGUUAAGGAGAACAUGAACCUGUUUAAAGCAGAUCCAUCAUCUGAUGUUUGGAAAGCCUAUGUAGACUACAUUGACGACAUGCUUAUUGAUGGGUUCUUCAAUGCCAUAGAAUGCUCCUUGAAAUACCUGCUGGAUAACAUGGAUCCAAAGGCUGGACUGGCCCCCUUGUUUGAAGCCCAAAUGGAUCUUGUUGCACCAGACACAUUAUUUCACCCUUCCCUGGAGCAAGGAGCGAAUGAUGGUUUCUAUGACUUGGUCGAAGGCCUCCUGAAUGAUAUAUACAAGAUGUCUUCAUUGAUUGUCAGGCUAGCAGAGCAUAGCAAUUUUCCACAUUAUCAGACUGACAUGGAGGAUAUGGCUGAUUUAGCGGAUAUGCGUCAGGUAAUCAUGGAGAACGUGCAAAACGUUAUGGCAAAGUGUUGUGAAUACCGAAACUCCUUUGACCAUUACUCAUACCUUUAUGUGGAUGACAGAAAAGAGUUCAUGCGUCAGUUUCUGUUGUAUGGACAUGUUCUUACAACAGACGAGAUCGAAGCUCAUACGGAAGAUGGGGUCCCAGAAACUCCACCUACUUUAGAUCAGUUUAAAGAACAGGUGGAUUCCUAUGAGAAGAUUUAUGAAGAAGUGAAUCACUUGGAGCCAAUUAAUACAUUUGACAGCUGGAUGAGAAUAGAUGCCCGCCCCUUUAAAUAUGCCCUUUUGAAUGGUAUCAAGAAGUGGAGCUUCAUGUUUAAGCAACAUCUUAUUGACCAUGUUACAAACAGCUUAUCCGAUCUUGAACAGUUUAUAAAAGUUGCUGAAAAAGGUCUGAGCAAGAAGGUUGAAGAAGGGGAUUACAAAGGACUGGUAGAGGUUAUGGGCCACCUCAUGGCUGUCCGAGAAAGGCAGAGCACUACUGAUGAAAUGUUUGAACCCCUGAAAAAAACAAUUGAGCUGCUAAAAACUUAUGAACAGGAAGUGCCGGAUGAAGUCCACAAACAGCUAGAGGAACUGCCAGAAAAGUGGAACAAUGUAAAGAAAAUGGCAAUAACCGUGAAGCAGCAUGUAUCACCACUGCAAGCAAAUGAAGUUGCUAUUUUGCGAAGGAAGUGUGCUGCAUUUGAUGUUGAACAGCACGUAUUCAGAGAAAGGUUUCGCAAAGAGGCACCUUUCAGAUACAAUAGUUCAAAUCCAUACAUUAUGCUUGACAUGGCACACCAGCAGAUAGCAGGAAUGGAGUCCACCAUGGCUUCUAUUUAUGAAUCGGCAGGCUUGUUUGAAGUCAGUGUACCAGAUUAUAAGCAACUUAAGCAGUGUAGGAAGGAAGUGCGCCAUCUUAAGGAGCUAUGGGACAUGAUCUGUUUGGUUGAAACAAACAUGAAUGAUUGGCAGACUACAAAAUGGAGGGAAAUUAAUGUGGAAAACAUGGAUUUGGAAUGUAAAAAGUUUGCAAAAGACAUUCGGAAUCUCGAUAAAGAAAUUAGAGCCUGGGAUGCCUUCAAUGGGCUGGACAACACUGUGAAAAACAUACUGACAUCCUUGCGUGCUGUAGCCGAACUUCAGAAUCCUGCAAUACGGGAAAGGCACUGGCAUCAGUUAAUGCAUGCAACUGGGGUAAAAUUUACAAUGGAUAAUGAAACAACUCUAGCUGAUCUUUUGAGACUGAAUCUACACAACUUUGAAGAUGAAGUCCGUGGAAUUGUGGAUAAAGCAAUUAAAGAAAUGGGUAUGGAGAAAGUCUUGACAGAACUUGACUCAACUUGGAGCAGCAUGGCAUUUGAAUAUGAAUCUCAUCCACGGACAAAUGUUCCUUUGCUAAAAUCGGAUGAGCAGCUUAUUGAAACUCUAGAGGACAACCAAGUUCAGCUGCAGAACCUGAUGACUUCUAAGUACAUUGCAUUUUUUCUGCAAGAAGUUUCAAGCUGGCAGAAAAAGCUGUCUACAGCUGAUUCUGUCAUUUCUAUCUGGUUUGAAGUUCAGCGCACUUGGUCUCACUUGGAAAGCAUUUUCAUUGGCUCAGAAGAUAUUAGAUCCCAACUUCCUGAGGAUUCCAAAAGGUUUGAAGGGAUUGAUGCUGAUUUUAAAGAGCUCGCCCAGAAUGCCAAAGAAACUCCUAAUGUUGUUGAAGCAACCAACAAACCUGGGCUUUAUGAAAAAUUAGAAGAUAUUCAGAGCAGACUGUCAUUAUGUGAGAAAGCCCUGGCUGAAUAUCUUGAUACGAAAAGGCUGGCCUUCCCCAGAUUCUACUUCAUCUCUUCUGCAGACUUACUGGAUAUACUAUCUAAUGGUACAAACCCGCAGCUGGUUGAGCGCCAUCUUUCUAAACUCUUUGAUAAUAUGGCAAAGAUGAAGUUUCAGUCCGAACCCGAUGGAGGUGUAGCAAAAACUGGCCUUGGGAUGUACAGUAAGGAGGAUGAAUAUGUAAAUUUCAGUGAGUCAUGUGAUUGCACUGGCCAGGUUGAGACAUGGCUGAACCGACUUCUGGAUGCUAUGAGAGCAACAGUAAGACAUGAGAUGACAGAAGCUGUGAUCGCUUAUGAAGAAAAGCCACGAGAACAAUGGCUCUUUGAUUACCCUGCCCAGGUGGCACUAACAUGUACACAGAUAUGGUGGACAACAGAUGUUGGCAUAGCUUUUGCCAGACUUGAAGAAGGCUAUGAGAAUGCUAUGAAGGAUUAUUACAAGAAGCAAGUUGGUCAGCUUAAUACACUAAUCACAAUGUUGAUAGGACAAUUGUCCAAGGGAGAUCGACAGAAGAUCAUGACUAUCUGUACCAUCGAUGUGCACGCGCGAGAUGUAGUAUCAAAGAUGAUUGCACAAAAGAUUGAUAACUCUCAAGCCUUUAUCUGGCUUUCACAACUGCGCCACCGGUGGGAUGAUGAGAAGAAACACUGUUUUGCAAAUAUCUGUGAUGCUCAGUUUUUAUACUCUUAUGAAUAUCUUGGCAACACUCCACGUCUUGUUAUCACCCCGCUGACAGACAGGUGCUACAUCACGCUAACACAAUCCCUCCAUCUCACCAUGAGUGGCGCUCCUGCAGGCCCAGCUGGAACUGGUAAAACUGAGACCACAAAAGAUUUAGGCCGUGCCCUUGGUAUCAUGGUCUAUGUCUUUAACUGCUCUGAGCAAAUGGACUACAAGUCCUGUGGGAAUAUUUAUAAAGGCCUUGCACAGACUGGAGCUUGGGGCUGUUUUGACGAAUUCAAUAGAAUAUCAGUGGAAGUUCUUUCUGUAGUUGCUGUACAGGUUAAAACAAUCCAAGAUGCCAUCAGAGACAAAAAGAAGCGAUUCAACUUUCUUGGGGAGGAAAUCAACUUGAUUCCUAGUGUAGGAAUUUUCAUCACAAUGAACCCAGGGUAUGCAGGACGUACAGAACUACCUGAGAAUCUGAAAGCCCUUUUCAGACCUUGUGCUAUGGUGGUACCAGACUUUGAAUUGAUUUGUGAAAUCAUGUUAGUAGCAGAAGGAUUCAUUGAAGCAAGACUGCUAGCCAGGAAGUUUAUUACCCUCUACCAGCUGUGUAAAGAGCUUCUUUCUAAGCAGGACCAUUAUGACUGGGGUCUACGUGCUAUCAAAUCUGUACUGGUGGUGGCUGGAUCACUGAAACGAGGGGAUCCUGAUCGUCCUGAAGACCAAGUCCUGAUGCGAGCCCUGCGUGACUUUAAUAUUCCAAAGAUAGUGACAGAUGAUAUGCCUGUUUUUAUGGGCCUUAUUGGAGAUCUUUUCCCUGCCCUGGAUGUACCCAGAAAGAGAGAUCCUGAUUUUGAAAAAUUUGUGAAGCAGUCCAUCUUGGAUCUGAAGCUGCAAGCAGAGGACAACUUUGUGCUAAAAGUGGUACAGCUCGAGGAGCUCCUUGCUGUGAGGCACUCUGUAUUUGUGGUGGGAAAUGCAGGUACCGGCAAGUCCCAGGUAUUAAAGUCCCUCUAUAAAACCUAUCAGAACAUGAAGCGCCGGCCAGUGUGGGCAGAUCUCAACCCCAAAGCCGUGACUAAUGACGAGCUGUUUGGUAUCAUCAAUCCAGCAACCAGAGAAUGGAAAGAUGGUUUGUUUUCCACCAUUAUGCGUGACAUGGCAAAUAUCACCCAUGAUGGACCAAAAUGGAUCGUACUGGAUGGUGAUAUAGAUCCCAUGUGGAUAGAAUCUCUCAAUACAGUCAUGGAUGACAAUAAGGUGUUGACUUUGGCAAGUAAUGAGAGAAUUCCAUUAAACCCAACAAUGAGACUGCUUUUUGAGAUCAGCCAUCUCAGAACUGCAACACCAGCUACUGUCUCCAGAGCAGGUAUCCUUUACAUUAAUCCUGCUGACUUGGGUUGGAAUCCCCCAGUCACCAGCUGGAUUGACAGAAGAGAGGUUCAGUCUGAGAAGGCUAACUUAACCAUUCUGUUCGACAAGUACCUGCCUGUAUGUUUGGACACAAUGAGAUCAAGAUUUAAGAAAAUUAUCCCCAUCCCAGAACAAAGUAUGGUGCAGAUGCUGUGUUAUCUCCUAGAAUGUCUGCUGACCAAGGAAAACACACCCCCUGAUUGCCCCAAGGAGCUCUACGAACUUUACUUUGUGUUUGCUGCCAUCUGGGCUUUUGGAGGAGCAAUGUUCCAGGAUCAGCUGGUGGACUACAGAGUAGAAUUCAGCAAAUGGUGGGUGACAGAAUUUAAGACGAUAAAAUUUCCAUCCCAAGGCACUGUAUUUGACUACUACAUUGAUUCUGAGACAAAGAAGUUUGAAUUCUGGUCCAAACUUAUUCCAAAAUUUGAAUUUGAUCCAGAAAUGCCACUUCAGGCAUGCUUAGUACACACUACUGAAACUAUCCGUUUGCGGUACUUCAUGGACAGACUGCUGGAGAACCGAAGGCCUGUGAUGCUGGUUGGGAAUGCAGGCACUGGAAAGUCUGUGCUGGUAGGAGAAAAGUUGGGUUCACUGGACUCCGAUGAGUAUAUGGUUAAAAAUGUGCCAUUUAACUACUAUACAACUUCAGCUAUGCUGCAAGCUGUAUUGGAAAAGCCUUUGGACAAAAAAGCUGGCAGAAACUAUGGGCCACCUGGGACUAAGAAGCUCAUCUACUUUAUUGAUGAUAUGAAUAUGCCGGAGGUGGACACAUAUGGCACUGUGCAGCCACAUACACUAAUAAGACAGCACAUGGAUUACAACCACUGGUACGACAGAAACAAGCUUAGUCUGAAGGAAAUUCACAAUGUGCAGUAUGUGUCCUGCAUGAACCCUACAGCUGGAAGCUUCACAAUAAAUCCACGACUUCAGCGUCACUUCUGUGUGUUUGCCUUGUCAUUCCCUGGAGUAGAUGCCUUGUCCACGAUAUACAGUUCCAUUCUUACUCAGCAUUUGAAAGUUGGGAACUUCCCUGCAGCUGUGCAGAAAUCAGUUCAACAGUUAAUAAGUCUGGCACUUGCACUGCAUCAGAAAGUAGGAACAAGUUUCCUGCCAACUGCAAUCAAAUUCCAUUAUAUAUUCAACCUCCGAGAUCUCUCCAACAUCUUUCAGGGUAUUUUGUUCUCUGGCCCUGAUUGUGUGAAGACACCUCAGGAACUGGUAAAGCUUUAUCUUCAUGAGUCAAACCGUGUUUACAGAGAUAAAAUGGUUGAAGAGAAAGAUUUCAGCAACUUUGAUAAAAUUCAAAUCGAAAUGGUGAAGAAGUUUUGUGAUGAUGUUGAUGAAAUGCUGCAAGAAGCUGGAAUAAUUAACAUGUACUGUCAUUUUGCAAAUGGAAUUGGUGAGCCUAAAUAUAUGCCUGCUCGGUCAUGGGAGCUGCUGAAUAAAAUCCUAGUCGAAGCACUGGACAGCUACAAUGAAGUCAAUGCAGUUAUGAGCCUUGUAUUAUUUGAAGAUGCAAUGUGCCACAUCUGCCGUAUCAACCGAAUCCUAGAAUCCCCAAGAGGAAACGCGUUGCUAGUUGGAGUAGGUGGAAGCGGAAAGCAGAGCUUGACAAGGCUAGCAGCUUUCAUUAGUUCUUUGGAGGUCUUCCAAAUUACCUUGAGGAAGGGCUAUGGUAUUCCUGAUUUAAAGAGUGACUUGGCUAACCAGUAUAUCAAAGCAGGGGUGAAGAAUGUGGGAUCCGUGUUCCUAAUGACUGAUGCACAGGUGUCUGAUGAAAGGUUCUUAGUUCUUAUCAAUGACUUGCUUGCAUCAGGUGAGAUUCCAGAUCUGUUCCCUGACGAUGAAGUUGAAAACAUCAUUGGUAGUUUAAGAAAUGAAGUGAAGAAUAUGGGGCUGAUGGAUACAAGAGAGAACUGCUGGAAAUUCUUUAUAGAUCGUGUUCGAAAACAACUGAAGGUUGCUCUGUGUUUUUCACCUGUUGGCAACAAGCUGCGAGUUCGCAGCAGGAAGUUCCCAGCUGUUGUAAACUGCACAGCAAUUGAUUGGUUCCAUGAAUGGCCACAGGAGGCAUUGGAAUCUGUAAGCCUGCGUUUCCUGCAAGAAACAGAAAACAUUGAGUCAGCAGUUAAGGAUUCUGUGAGCAAAUUCAUGGCUUAUGUCCACAUGAGUGUCAAUGAAAUGUCUAAGAGCUAUCUGGCUAAUGAACGACGCUACAACUAUACAACACCAAAAUCAUUUCUCGAACAAAUCAAACUUUACCAGAAUUUAUUAGGAAAGAAGACCAAAGAGUUGACAGCUAAAAUGGAACGUCUAGAGAAUGGUCUGCAAAAACUGAAAAGCACUUCAGCACAGGUGGAUGACCUAAAAGCCAAACUGGCAGCCCAAGAAGUUGAACUGAAACAGAAAAAUGAAGAUGCAGACAAAUUGAUACAGGUGGUUGGAGUUGAAACUGAGAAAGUAAGCAAAGAGAAAGCUAUAGCAGAUGAUGAAGAAAAGAAGGUUGCUGUAAUUGCCAAAGAGGUUGGACAAAAGCAGCGAGACUGUGAAGAAGAUUUGUCAAAGGCUGAACCCGCACUGGUGGCAGCACAGGAAGCCCUCAACACGCUCAACAAGAACAACCUGACAGAGCUGAAGUCUUUUGGAUCCCCAGUGGUAGCUAUCACCAAUGUCACGGCUGCUGUAAUGGUGCUCUUAGCACCUGGUGGUAAGGUGCCAAAGGACAGGAGCUGGAAGGCUGCAAAGGUCAUGAUGAAUAAAGUGGACAGCUUUCUGGAAUCCCUCAUCAACUUUAAUAAAGAAAAUAUCCAUGAGAACUGCCUUAAAGCAAUCCAGCCAUAUCUCCUGGAUCCAGAGUUUACGCCUGAGUUUGUGGCAUCGAAGUCAUUUGCAGCAGCUGGUCUCUGCUCUUGGGUGGUUAAUAUUGUAAAGUUUUACGAGGUAUUCUGUGAUGUGGAACCAAAACGGCAAGCCCUGAGUAAAGCCAAUGCUGAUCUGUCUGCUGCGCAAGAUAAGCUGUCAGCCAUCAAAGCGAAAAUUGCUGUCCUAAAUGAAAACUUAGCAAAGUUAACAGCUAAGUUUGAGAAAGCAACUGCUGAUAAACUGAAAUGCCAACAAGAAGCAGAGGCAACGACCACUACAAUUUCCCUUGCAAACCGACUGGUUGGAGGGCUUGCUUCAGAAAAUGUCCGCUGGGCUGAAGCUGUUAAUAACUUCAAGCAGCAGGAAAGUACAUUAUGUGGUGAUGUACUGCUGAUUACCGCAUUUGUCUCUUAUCUGGGCUACUUCACUAAAAAAUACAGAUUAGAAUUAAUGGAUGGAACAUGGAGACCAUAUCUCAGUCAGUUAAAAGUUCCUAUCCCUGUAACACCAGACCUGGAUCCUCUGACAAUGCUAAGUGAUGAUGCUGAUGUGGCAGCUUGGCAAAAUGAGGGCCUGCCUGCUGACCGAAUGUCAACUGAGAACGCUACUAUUCUAACUAACUGUGAGCGCUGGCCACUAAUGAUUGAUCCUCAGCUACAGGGUAUUAAAUGGAUCAAAAACAAAUAUGGAGAAAACCUCAGAGUGAUAAGGAUUGGACAACGAGGCUACCUUGAUACUUUGGAAAUAGCCCUUGGAGCAGGUGAAGUUGUUUUGAUUGAAAACCUGGAAGAAAGUGUGGAUCCUGUUUUAGGACCUUUACUGGGGAGGGAGACCAUUAAAAAGGGCAGGUAUAUUAAGAUUGGUGAUAAAGAGUGUGAGUACAAUCCCAGCUUCCGGCUUAUCCUGCAUACAAAGCUUGCAAACCCUCACUAUCAGCCGGAAAUGCAGGCCCAGAGUACCCUCAUUAACUUUACUGUGACCAGAGAUGGCCUGGAGGACCAACUUCUGGCUGCGGUCGUGAGUAUGGAGAGGCCUGAUCUUGAGCAGCUCAAAUCUAAUCUGACAAAGCAGCAGAAUGGAUUUAAAAUCACCUUAAAAAACUUGGAGGACAACCUUCUUUCUCGCUUGUCUUCUGCUUCUGGUAACUUCCUUGGAGACACAGCCUUAGUUGAAAACCUGGAAACUACCAAAAGGACUGCAGCUGAAAUUGAAGAGAAGGUAAAGGAGGCCAAGGUGACAGAGAUUAAGAUCAAUGAGGCAAGAGAACACUACAGGCCUGCAGCAGCACGCGCGUCCUUAUUGUAUUUUAUAAUGAACGACCUGAAUAAAAUUCAUCCAAUGUACCAGUUCUCUUUGAAGGCUUUCAGUGUUGUGUUCCAGAAAGCAGUUCAAAAGGCAUCUCCAGAUGAAAACCUCAAACAAAGAGUCGAAAAUCUGAUUGACAGCAUCACAUUCUCUGUGUUCCAGUAUACCACAAGGGGAUUAUUUGAAUGUGAUAAAUUAACUUACACUGCACAGGUUACCUUUCAGAUUCUUCUUAUGAAUAAAGAGAUUAAUCCUGUGGAGCUAGAUUUCCUUCUGCGAUACCCAGUACAGCAGGGUGUUUCAUCUCCUGUGGACUUCCUCUCCAAUCAGUCCUGGGGUGGCAUAAAGGCACUGGCAUCCAUGGAUGAUUUUCAAAAUCUGGAUCGUGAUAUAGAAGGCUCUGCAAAACGCUGGAAGAAGUUUGUUGAAUCUGAAUGUCCAGAGAAGGAGAAGUUUCCACAGGAGUGGAAGAACAAAACUGCAUUGCAACGACUCUGUAUGAUGAGAGCAAUUCGUCCCGAUCGCAUGACUUAUGCAGUAAGAGAUUUCGCAGAAGAAAAGCUGGGUAGCAAGUAUGUGAUAGGAAGAGCGUUAGAUUUUGCAACUUCCUUUGAGGAAUCUGGUCCUGCCACACCAAUGUUCUUCAUUCUGUCUCCAGGUGUAGACCCACUGAAGGAUGUAGAGAAACAUGGAAAGAAACUAGGUUAUACAUUUGACAACAACAAUUUCCACAACGUCUCCCUGGGACAAGGUCAAGAGGUUGUAGCAGAGCAAGCGCUUGAUCUGGCUGCUUCUGAUGGACAUUGGGUGAUUCUUCAGAAUAUCCAUCUGGUGGCCAAGUGGCUGAGUGCAUUGGAGAAAAAACUAGAGCAGCACAGCGAAGGCAGCCAUCAGGAGUUCAGAGUCUUCAUUAGCGCUGAGCCCGCCUCAUCUCCUGAAGGGCACAUCAUCCCCCAGGGCAUCCUGGAGAACUCCAUUAAAAUCACCAAUGAGCCUCCAACAGGCAUGCAUGCAAAUCUGCACAAAGCUCUGGAUAAUUUUAAUCAGGAUACUCUUGAGAUGUGUGCCCGAGAAAACGAAUUUAAGAGCAUUCUUUUUGCUCUUUGCUACUUUCAUGCUGUGGUGGCUGAAAGAAGGAAGUUUGGACCUCAGGGCUGGAAUCGGUCAUACCCCUUCAACACCGGUGACCUUACCAUAUCUGUUAAUGUGCUGUAUAACUACUUAGAAGCUAAUGCUAAGGUUCCCUAUGAUGACCUGCGUUAUCUCUUUGGAGAAAUUAUGUAUGGGGGUCACAUCACAGAUGACUGGGACAGACGGCUCUGCAGAACUUAUCUUGAGGAAUACAUUAAAUCAGAAAUGCUGGAAGGCGAGCUUUUGCUGGCUCCUGGUUUUCCACUUCCAGGAAACUUAGAUUAUAAUGGAUAUCAUCAGGUAUUUAUUACUAGAGAUACAGCAGAUAAAAUAUCGAUGUGUUUGGUUUUCAGAAUUCAGUUAUUCUGA